AUGGGAGAAACUGUCGAACGUCGAGAGUUUGAUGGCGUCCCUGGGAGAUACCAAGAUAUUAGAGUCUCAGAAUGCGACAGCCUUGGCGACAUAAAUGGGGACUCGAGUCGCAUAGGUGGCGAAUCAUGCGACAACUCUCUCGAGAGUUCUUCCACGUCAGCGGAGCCCCAUUCCACGUCACCGCAGGAGCAAAUUACAUCACCAGGUUCGGACUGGCAGGUGGGAAGCGAGACGAACAGCGAUUGGUCGAGGGAGAGCGAGUUGCAGCAGCAGGGCUUAAAAGACGGCAUCAGGGGGGCAGGUGCGAGGGGAAGCCGCGCGCAGCAGAACGGAAUGGUUUGCGCGUUUGGCGCGCCUCCCGGCUCUAUCACUCCCCCUCGCGCCCACGCCCGCCCCCCUCUCCCAUCCCGCGGAAACGGCGACGUGGGGAGCAGCUCUGGUCGUACGCGCGCCUCCGGCUACCACUCCGCGCGCAAGCCGCCCGUUCCACGUGUCAGCAGCACAGGGUCGUUGAAAUCAAUGCAACCUCCGAAUUCGUCACGGACCGUCCAGAAUAGCAACUGGCCGCGACGCGAGGAUGGAGAGGAGGAAUUGGAGGAGGAUGACGAGGAGGAAGAGGAGGAGGGGAAUGGGUUGGAGAUAGACGAGGAAGGAUUGGCAUUAGCUUUAAGAGAAGACCCCGACGACGAGGAUGCUCUUAACGAGGAUGCAUACAGUGAAGCAGAAAAUGACGACGACAUGACAUCCCCGAUCGCGCCGCUCGAGGAAAUCGAGAAUGAUUUUGAAGACGACGACGACGAUGAUGAGGGCGCGUAUAUCGGGGAUGGCAGGGGCGGGGAGAGCGCGACCGUCGCUCGGCAAAUUUCGGACGUUCGUGAGAGGCUUGCGGCGCGGAGAUCGUGCCACCUGGCGCGCGGAGGGCGGGAGAUGGACGCGGACGCGAUAUCGGACGAGGACGAGGACGAGGAGUCGUGGGAGCGCCCCCUCUCCCGCCCGCCCUCCCGUAUUCCCUCCCUCAUUGCUCGCUCCUCCUCAUCCGACGAUGCCCGCAGCCUCCGCAAGCAGCACUCAGAGCCCAAGCGCGAUCUCAACCACAUUCCGGCACCGUUCUGCACCGCCCCCGACCCCUGCAGUUUACCCGCCGACUCACAGCCUGGGGGAGGAGAGGCGUCCACGCCUGGCCGGCGCCUGUUGAGCGCCCUGAGCCACAAGGGAGUGGUUGGCGCUGCCAAGAAGGCCCUUGAGGCAGUCAGCUCCCCUCGCCGCUCCCACACCUCUCUGUUCGCCUCGGUAUCUGCAGAAUGUGCCUCGGCUCGUGAAGAUGGUGCUGAGGGUGCCUCUGCUGGCUCCUCUGCUGGUGGUGGCGGUGGGAGGGGAGGAGGAGGGGGAGCAGAGCCCCUGAUUGGCUCGCCGCGGUUCUUCUCGUCUUCCUCGCGGCCGUCGUCUCUCCGCCCCUCUGCCUCCCAUGACAGCUACACGUCCUCUCCCUCCUCUCGUCUCUCCUCAUCCCCAUCCCGGAGCAUCGUGCCUCGCUCUUCCUCUCUGGAGGUCCCGAGGUCGGCUGGGGUGCCUCGGAGUGUGUCGCAAGAGAGUGGUUUUGGCACCAGCAGCAGUAGCAGGGAAAGUGGUGGCGCCUCACGCCGCCACAGCCUGCUUGCCCCAUCCUCUUACAGGGAAGAUGGGGGCAGCUACAGAGAAGGGAGCAGCUUUAGAGGUGGUGGUGGAGGGGAUGUGAGUGGAGGUGUGCAGGGGGGGAAGCAGCAGCUGUCUGGGCUGCAGGCCCCAGGUGUAUCAAGCAGUGUGGGUGGAUGUGCAGUGGAGUGUAGAGCGGUUGGGAUGGAGGGUCGAAGGGAGGAUGCUGGCUCGGCUUUGACACCCAAGGGCCGGUGGGGAGCUUGGGCUGAAGACGAGAAGUCUGGAGAUAUGGAUUGGUUUUGGUAG